AUGAAUAACAGGAUUGUUUGUACAUGUCAUUACGGGGAGUGGCAGGACUAUUACGGUUACCAGAGGAAGCAACCUUUCGUCUUUUCCCACCUGGUCGGUCUCAUUCUUUCACUGAUGCCCGGCUCGCUGACAACCGUCAGCUACGGUGCAAACAAGGUUUUUGGAUUGAGUAUCUUGGCCCUAUCAGGGCUUCUCGAGGUGGCGCCGCUGACCAUACAUUUCGGGAUCCACGGCCUGGCGAGCAUACAGUUCCUGAAUGGCGUCGCAGAGGGCUUCAUAACGACCUCGCUGUACGGAGUCCUCGCCGACUGGAUUCCAGUAUGCGAGAGGACCACUGUGCUCGCCAUUGUCAUCUGCACCACCUUGGUCGGAGGGCGCUGCAUGUUCGAGGCGGUUAACCUCGAGUUCGUCACGUCUCCGGUCAUGUUCGCAAACGUGGUCUUGGGCAUCGCCUGGUUUGUCCUCUGGCGGCUGCUGUUCUUCGAUGGACCCUACCACCACAAGUCGAUCACUGAAGAAGAGAAAAGCCACAUUACUGACGGCAACAGUAGGGUCUUCGUCAAAAGAAGGAUUAGUCAGCCUUAG